AUGGCUAAAUUCUCUAAAGACGUGAGCUCUUCAAGACGCAAGAGCCGUAAAGCACACUUUUCAGCACCGUCUUCCGUACGUAGAAAAAUUCUGAGUGCUGCAUUGUCCAAGGAGCUCCGAGACAAAUAUAAUGUCCGCUCAAUCCCAAUCCGCAAAGAUGACGAAGUUCGCAUAGUACGCGGCAGCGCCAAAGGUCGCGAUGGAAAAGUCACACAAGUGUAUCGUAAACGCUGGGUGAUCCACAUCGAGCGCAUCAACAAGGAAAAGGUCAACGGGACGAGUGUCCCGACCGGGAUUCACCCGUCAAAAGUUGUCAUUACGAAAUUGAAGUUGGAUAAGGAUCGAAAGGAUUUGUUAGAACGAAAGGAUCGGGCCGCCAGUCGUAAAGAGAAGGGUAAAGAGACAGAGAAGAGUAAAGAGACGGCAGCUGCUAAUGAAGCUAGUGAUCCUAUGGAAGAGGAUAAAUAA